AGGGAUCCACAGCUGAUCCAUACCGUAUUAUGAUACGGGUAAUAACCGUGCGGCUGAUCGAUAAGAUAACGACUACCCUAGGUACCUUACCAUCUACACAGUCACAUCAAUUCAUUGUCAUUUGUUGUCGGCUGUUUUCCUUUUUCCUUCCUGACUCUUUCCUCGCCGGCGACAUGGGAAAAGGCACCGAUAAGCUCUACAUUACACACUCCGAGUGGUCAUCGUCAGAUGCCUACGGCGCCAGCGUCGGCGCCAAUGCCGGUUCACGCGCGCAGCGCAGUGGAGGCGCUGCUCAUGCAGGCUUCAAGCGCCUCCCCUUCAACUUCUGCGCCGCCAGCCUCCAGCCUUUCAAGAACCCCGUCUGCACGCCGUCCGGCACGAUAUUCGAUGUCGAAGUCAUUGGUGCGUGGUUGGAAAAGCACGGGACGAACCCUGUCGACGGCAAACCGCUCGCCGCGAAAGACCUGAUCCGCCUCAAUUUCACGCGCAACGCCGAUGCAGCCGGGACUAACGACGGCAAUGGCGCUCCGUCUGACGGCAAGGGGGAUUUUAUCGACCCGGUUACGUUCAAGGUGCUCACCGACAACACGCACAUCGUUGCUGUCCGACACGGCAACUACGCCAAUGUGUUCGCCUGGGAGACCAUCGAGCGCAUGAACAUCAAGGCCAAGAUGUGGCGCGACCUGGUCGACGACGUCGAGUUUGGGCGCAAGGACAUCAUCACGCUGCAGGACCCGCAGAACGCAGCCAGUCGCGACCUCAGCCAGUUCAAGUACCUCCAAGACGGCCAGGAAGCGCUGCCGACGAAGGAACAAGAAGAGCAACGCCAGCAAGGGAGCAUCAACAUCAACGCGCUCGGCCGGAUAGGCGACAAGGUGCUGCGGGCGAAGGAAGCCGUCGAGCGCGCCCGCCAGGCCCGCGAAGCCGGCGGCGACGUCAACCGGAUCACCAGAUCAUUAACCGCCGCCCACUCCAAGCCCACCUCGUCCACCCCUACCGCCCGCGCCCCCUCCAUAAUCGAGAAGAAAAUCGCACCCAACGCAGCAGCAUACACCACCGGCCGGGCCGCCGCGUCCUUCACCUCGACGGGGCUCACCCCGGAAACCUCUGGAGAGCGCGCCCUGCUCUCGGACGAAGAAUGGAUGCUGAAGCCCAAACGGAUCAAGCACAAAGGCUACGCGCGGCUGGACACCAACCUCGGGCCCUUAACCCUUGAACUACACACCGAAACGGCGCCCAAAGCAGUGUGGAACUUCCUGCGGCUCUCGCAAAAGGGCUACUACCGCGGCGUGACCUUCCACCGCAACAUCCGCAACUUCAUGAUCCAGGGCGGCGACCCGACGGGGACGGGCCGCGGCGGACAAUCCAUCUGGGGCAAGACCUUCGCCGACGAGCUGGAAGGCCCCCACGUGCACGACGCUCGGGGCGUGGUGGCGCUCGCCAACCGCGGGAAGAACACCAACUCGUCGCAGUUCUACAUCACCUACCGCCCCGCGAAGCACCUCGAUCGCAAGCACACCGUGUUCGGCCGCGUGGUCGAGGGCGUCGACACGACGCUCACCGCCAUGGAGAAGGUGCCGGUUGAGGAAGGGACGAACAGGCCGCUGGAGGAGAUCCGGAUCAAGGAUGUCGUGGUGCUGAUUGAUCCGUUUGAGGAGUUCUUGAAGGAGAAGAAGGAGCGGGAGAAGGAGGAGGCGGCGAAAGAAGAGGUCAAGAGGAAGGGUGGCGACGAGGACGAUCGGACGACCUGGACGGGCAAGAGGAUCCGGGCUGACGGGGUUGUUGUGGAGGAUGCACGGGCCUCGAGGGUUGGGAAGUAUCUCAAGAGUGCGGUCGCUGGUGCGCGAACGGAGGAGAUUGGAGGUUGGGAGCAGGUGGGGGACGUGGAGACCUGGGAAGGGCCGGUCAAGAAGAAGGUCAAGAUGGGAGGGUUUGGGAAUUUUGAUUCGUGGUAAAGAAGGGAAUGGGUUGUUACCUACCUAGUCAAAUGUAUAAAGCAUGGCGCGGCGUUUGGUGGGAAAAGGGGAUUUGAUCCAUUCAGUCAGAUCUGGGUUUCAUUCAUGGGGCUGCAAAACUCCCAGCUGGUAUAUACGAUA